UCUUAAUGCGAUGAACACUAUGGCUUGUCUACUGUGCUUGCUCUGUUUCACAGCUUUCAAUCACGUGACCAGCGUCACAAUCAACAUCGAGCCGUCUAACGUAACGGCGUUUACUGGUGAUGACGUUACACUGGAGUGCCAAACUAGGCGUCAAAAACCUGGCGAACUUGUCAUCUGGAAAAAGGUUUCAGGCAUUAACGAGCGAAUCGCCUCCAUCAACAACCGGUCAACAAACAGUUACAAGUUCCAUAUCCGGGACACCUACAACCUUGUCAUUCGUGACGUCACAGUUAAGGACGAUGGACUGUACCAAUGUGACGCAGAAACGAAUACGGCUACCGCGUACGUGUCUGUCUCAGUGCCGAUGGAACGUCUUACCUUGACCUCAGACGUGACGUCAGUGUUGCCCAGCGACGGUGACGUAAACCUGACGUGUCGGUCUUGGCACAGCCAUCCGCCUGCAGACCUCAGAUGGUUCAAAGGACAAAGAGAACUAAAUGACGUCAAGAGCGUUAGUUCUAAGAUAUACAAAAGCGAUGGUUUCGGUGACUGUGAGAGCACAAUCACUGUGCGCAUGCGUAGCGUCGAAGGCGACAUCCCGUUCCGGUGUGUGGCAGAUCUUCCCGCCAAACUCGCCAUCAAGGAGGUGUUCCUCUUUCCACGCGUCGCUAUUUCAGGUGGACAAGAAACACAUGCAAAGAACAGCAAGUUGCUCCAGUCGGUUGUAAUAACGGCGCUGUCACUGUUGCACCUGCUCUGGUUGUCCUGACGAACAUGCACCCAGCACUAUCGGGUGCACGUGCAUCAAAAGAGGGUAUAGUUUAUAAUUAUCCGCUGGCAUGAACCAGAGAAAUUCAUGCCAACUGUAAAUUGUCACCAUGCAAGAUUGACUAUAGUAUGUAGACAUUUCCAUGCACUGAUAUACACUCUUCCUCAGUUAGCCUCAGUUAGCCAUUUUGAUAAAUAUCCUAUGUACCUCCAUGGGUUAGUUUCUGAACUUUUGUUUGUUUGUUUGUUGUUUAACGCCACACUCAGCAAUAUUCCAGCUAUAUGACGACGGCCUGUAUGUAAUCGAGUCUGGACCAGACAAUCCAGUGAUUGACAUCAUAAACGUUUCUGAAGUGACGUCACCACUACCAUAGCUCCAUUUCUAACUAAGCACAUAAUUUAUCUUGCUGGUGAGAGUAAUUUGACUGGAUGACAUAUUUUAGCAUCGUGCUAUUCGAAUCGGGAUCAAUACGAAUCUAUGGUUGCCAAUGCAUUAUCAAAUUAGAAUGGAGUCACUCAGAUAUAAUACACUAGAUUAUAGAGGGUGUUAUGCACUAUUACGCUCCAGGGUGUGAUCCCCAUUUCCUGUCAAGACGUUGUAAUACGUGCAAUUGCAGUAGUCAUACAUUUCUGUGUACAGGGUGCAUUUGUUGGUUCGUUGUUUAACGCCGUAUGUGAAAUUUCGCCAGUCGAUCCGCGCUAAUUACAUUAAUAUUCUGUGCCAUAACUAUUAAGAACAGUCAUUUGUAAUACUGCGGAAGAAAUAGUUUUAUGCAUUUUUCGUA